AAGAAGCUGACGAGGAUGCACGUCGAUAUAAAAAAAAGGUAAAACUCCAAGUCUUUAUCACUCUAGACAAUGAUUUAUUUUCAUUGAUCGACGCAAUUGAAAAAUUUUUCGUAUCAUAUCAAAGAAACAAAAGUGCAAAUCCAACAUCGAAUACGUCGAAAGCAUCACUUCUGCACCCG